ACCACUCCCACACAAACCUGGAACAACGAUGCGUACCCCCUAAUCAAUAGCAGUCGUCACGCGCAUCACUUUAUCAUCCCACGCUCUCUCGCCGCCGGUCACCGCACGCCCAGCCAUAACUCCCAUGCGCGCCUGCUCCGACCGCUAUUCUCUCGACCCUCCCAAUUCCCAAGUGCGCCUCGCCUCUCUCUCCCCGGUCCCUUCUUCGCUUCCCCAUCUCUUCUUCGGGCGCGGGACUGCACCGAGACACGGGACCCUUCCACCAUCCAUCAGCCCUCGUGGCCUGCUGUUCCCGAUCGGCGCCGCGCGCACUGUCCACCCCGCGCCCUCAGUGGCUCGGCCUUCUACCGCUGCGUGCCUUCGUUGAAGCCCGCAAGCUUUUCGACGUAAUGCCUGGGACAACCCAAUGACGUGCCCGCUCCUCCACCAGAGCCAGAUCCAAACCUGAAAAUCCGGGUUUGGCGCGGAGUCAGGUCACUUUGGUAUUCGGAUCCGAGCUCAGUUACAGGAUCUAACCCGAAUCCGGCCUGCCCUUUCUUCUGCGAGUCGCCGGUGAUUAAGCCGACGCCUUUCGAAACCUUAAAACCCUAAAUCCCCGUUUUGUUGGCUCCCCAUGGUCUCCUCGAAGAAGAAUGCCGCCGUCCCUGGGUCGGACGGCGACGGAGAAAACGGCGUGGCUAAUCUGUCCCAAGACGUGGAGUGGCUUUCUUCCCUUUCCGAAUCCGAGCUCGAUUUUCUUAUCGGUUUAAAAGAAUUGGUCAUUAGAAGGGCGAAGAAUGCGGGCUGUAAAGAUCUAGCUGAAAAAUUUGAUGCGAGGAUGCUCCGCGCUCUUGGAAUUGUCUUGAUGGAACAUUUUAAGGCACACGCCGAAAAUGCAUCAAUAACUACAAAUGUGCUCGAGACAUCUGCGUUGUUGAGAGACUGCAAUUUGGCGACUCCAAAUUCUGAGAGGAAUCCUGGCUCUAUUACAUUUAGUGAAGAUGUCAGAACAUCAAGUUUUGUCACUCCAAGACGAAAGCGGUUGUGGGAAGGACUAUGUGAAGAGAGAGCUUCCAGCAGCAAGAGAAGGAAAACAGCAAGAAAACUCAUGUGACCUUUUGUACCAGUUUAUGGACCACGAACGUGGCUCUUUUGCACUCCCACACCAUCAUGUCAGUGUAUCAUUUCAGUUCUCUUUCUCUCUCUCUCUCUUUUUUUUGAGAUGGUUCAUCUCAUGCAAUACUGCCAUUUGUUUGUAGACAGAGGUGCUCUAAAGUAACUGAAUAUUCAUGAAGUUUAUGAAUAUCAGGACUCAUUGUAACUGUUUCAUUACUUCGAAUUGGUGAUUGCAUUGUUUUUAUCAAUAAAGUCUCAUCUUUUUAGAUAGGGCAAUUU